GGGAGCGCUGCGGGAUGGAGGAGAGGGAGCGGCUGUGGCGGCAGAUCCGGCUGCUGCAGGGUCUUAUAAACCACCACAAGAACACUCACGGGGACGCGCCACGGCCGCUGCCGCCUGCACCAGCACCGAGGUGGAACAACCCCCACCAACCUGCCUUCAGCAGCAGGAGGGGGACUUUUUCAGCCAGAUACCCCCAGCAGGCUCCCAGGGAUUUCCAGCAACGCCAGGGUCACUCCUGGAGGCAAAAGUAUUCCCUUGUCAACCGGCCACCGGGGUCAGCUUAUGACGUUGGAAGCACCAGCAGCAGCUCUCAGGUUUUUGGAAGCCAUGGGGACACUCAGGCCUCUGAGCCACCAGAAUCAUCCCCAGAGAGACAUGUGGACUUAACCACGGAUGGAAACAUAGUUGUGGGGAUCCAGCUGCCGCAGAGGGCUGGCCCCUGUGCAGGUGGGACAGGUUUUGGUGAGGUGGAGUCUUACUGUGAGGUUUCUGGGCUGGAAUCGGUGGUCACUGCUGCAGGUGGUGCUAAACAGGUGCAGAGAUCUCUGUACACAGGCAGGAAUGAAGAGGUCAGACCCUCCCUCUCCAUUUCCUUCAGUUCAUCUCACCGACUCGUGAGCUCAGCCUACGUGGUGGAGAAGCCCAGGAUGGUGCGUGUGGCUGGGAGCUCCCCUGCCUCGUGUGCAAGCACCAGUGAGGGUGCUGUGAGCCUGAAAUCAGAGCCACAGCAGCCUUUGGCGCUGCCACAUCGAGAGCCAGCUCAGCAUUUGGGCCAGAGGAAGGCAGAACCUCCAACAGCAGGGCAGUCUGGUGGUGGGCAGGUGAGGGAGGCUUUCGGAGAGCUGGAGCUCCUUGGAAGUGGCGAGAAGCUCUCGAGACCUGCUCAGGCUGGGACUUUGGGAGGUGGGAUGACUCUGAUGAAGAGCAGGUUUUCCACAGUCCCCAAAGCUGUUGGUCUCCAAAGAGCUGCUUCAGCUUCUGCCUCCAGCAAAGCUCCCAAGUUCAGGAAAACUAAUUACACGUGGGUGGCAAACCCUGGUAAGUGCUGCCGUGGUGUGAAGAGAUGGGCCAGCCCUAGAGCUUCUGAAAGCACUAAGAGAGUGGCUGGUGGAGCAGACAGAGCUGCCAAACUAUCACCCAGAGCAGACAUGGGAGCAAAGCUGAAGAAAUCAAGCCUGCAGUCCAAAGUGGGUGUUUCUCCCAGCAAGUAUAAGUGGAAAGCCUCCAGCCUGCAGAGCUCACCCUCCACCUCCAAGUCGGUGUUCCGCUGGCGAUGCGAGGAGCAGCCCAAGCUUCCUGCCCACAGCCUCCCUCGAGCUGUGGCAGCCCCAGUUCUGCCCAGUGCAGCCUCUGUUGGGCUCAGUGGGGCAAAGCCCUUCGGUGAUGCCACCUUGUCCAGCUACAAAGUGAAGAGUCGGACCAAAAUCAUCAAGAGAAAAGGAAACUCGGGUUCCCCUCCAGAGAAGAAGAGCAGCUCCUCAGCCACCACACCCCUGAAGAGCCACUUCCACCUCAGGAAGAGAAACUCCUUGCGGGGCAAAGCUUCUGUGACACCCAAACGCUCCUCUCCCAAGGGCCUGGUGCACAUCACCAAGCACAGGCUCUGCAGGCUGCCAGCUACCAGGAUGCAGGGCUCCUCCAAGGAAGGUACCAGCUUGCACUUCAUAAGGAGCCCCCCAGCCAGCAAGGUGAUAAAGACCCGCUACAGGAUAGUGAAGAAGCAGGUGGUGUCUCCAUCCUCAUCAUCCUUCAGCAGCCCAGGUCCCAGCUGGAAACCCAGGCGCCCUGGGACAUGCAGGUCCCCACUGUUAACCCAGACACGUCCCUCAGCUCCAGGUGCCAAGUCCCAGCCCGUGCAGCAGCGGUGGAGGAGCAGAGGCUUCCGCUGCAUCGGCGGCGUCCUGUACCGCGUGUCAGCCAACAAGCUCUCCAAGACAUCCAGCAGCCCUGGCAGGGGCAGAGACCUGAGCACCAAGAGCCCUGGCAGAGCAGCAGCAAGGUUGCACUGUGUGCCCAGCCCUGGCUUCUCUCCAUCCAGCUGCCUGAACAGAUCAGCCACCAGCCGAUACAUCGCCAGCCGCGCCGUGCAGCGGAGCCUGGCCAUCAUCCGUCAGGCCAAGCAGAAGAAGAAGAAGAAGGAGUACUGUAUGUACUACAACCGCUUUGGCAAGUGCAACCGUGGGGACAGCUGCCCCUACAUCCAUGAUCCAGACAAGGUGGCUGUCUGCACCAGGUUCCUCCGUGGCACGUGCAAGAAGACAGACGGGACCUGUUCGUUUUCCCACAAGGUCUCCAAAGACAAGAUGCCAGUGUGCUCCUACUUCUUGAAGGGGAUCUGCAGCAACAGCAACUGCCCAUACAGCCAUGUCUACGUGUCCAGGAAGGCAGAAGUAUGCCAGGAUUUCCUCAAAGGCUAUUGCCCCAUGGGAGAAAAGUGCAAGAAGAAGCACACCCUGGUUUGCCCUGACUUUGCCAAGAAAGGUGUCUGCCCCAGGGGCACCCAGUGCAAGCUGCUGCACCCCCAGAAGAAACGUCACCUAAGAGAAGCAGAAGGUGGGGACAGCAGUGGAGCCCCCUCCAAGUGGAGACGGGUCUGGGAGGACACAGACAGGAAUGACCCAGCUCAGCUCCACGCUGGGGAUGACGGGGAAACACCAGGACCCUCCAGUGUGGAGCAGGAGGUGAAGGUUUGCAAAGAGGUGACCACCUCCCCAAGCAGCAGGCUGCACAAGCUGCCAUCCUUCAUCUCCCUCCAGUCCUCAACAUCCCCCAGUGAGCAGGGCUGCAAGGUGGAGAGGGAUGAGGACGAGUCAGAGGAUGAGCCAGGCAGCACCAAAUGGAAGAGGCCUUUGCCAGCAUCAUCCUCACGGGACCCCGAGAAGCAGCGUGUGGAGGAGGGUGGCAGAGGCAAGCAGCUGCAGAUCAAACCCCGUCUCUGAAGGAGCCCCAAGCCCCCAGCAGCUGAGCAGCUCAGGAACCUGCACCUACCUCAGGACACCAUGGCCCCACACCACAGCCCCUCCUGCUCCUCUUUGUUCUGCUGGGACAUCCUUUGAGCUGAGUCAGAGCUCUGCUGCUGUCCUGGAUGUGAAGUGACCUGGGGACCUGAGGACACCAUCACCCAACCUGCCCACAGCCAGGUCAGCCUGGGGAUGAGCAUGGUCACAGGACCCUGUGCUGGGAUGGAAUGGGGUGUAAAACCCCCUCCCCACACCUCUCAGCUCCAACCUCUCCCCCUGCAUCCACUGCCCCUACACCCCCUUGGGUUUUGGGAGGAGAUUUUAGAGGGUAGAGGUGCUGAGAGCAUCCUGAUGAACAGCACUGAGCUCACCCCAAAUGCUCCCACAGCACAUUGGGUCACUUGUACCCUGACCCCCACCUCUCCCCAUCCCAACAGGGCUUUGGUCUCUCUUGGGAGAUCCCAACCAGCUCUUUCAGAGGGGUUUUGGAGGGGGUUCCUCCAAAUUCAAGCAGGAGCAAAGCCAGCAGAGCCAGGCACGCUGGGUUUGGCAUGGUGGGUACGAUUCCCAGGGGGAUUUGGGGAAGGUGGGUGCUGUUUCCCCCUCACCAAGCAGUGUGGGUGUCCACAGGGCCAUUCCUUCCCCAGCUGAGCACACACACAGGCUCCAGUUGUCACCCCCCAUUUCCAGGAUGGGACCUCAGUGUGUGUCCAGGGAGCUGGUUUUUGAAUAAAAGCUUUGUGGUGUCA